AUGCAGCUCCUGACACCACAGACACAGCAGCUCAGGGAGAGGACUGGGAACAUCCAGAGCGCAUCCAGCGGGUGUGGGAGAUGCUGGGGCGUGCCGGGGUGCUGGGGCGAGGCCAGCGGCUGCAGCCUCCAGGCCCAGCGUGAGGAGGUGGAGCUCCCACACAGCCAGGAACGUGGCCUUCAUGUUCAGGGGGAGGAGGAGCUGCAGACCCUUCAGGAGAACUACAAGUCUGUCUACCUCCACCCUGCCACCUACGCCUUUGCCCUGCUCUCGGCCGGCUCACUGCUGCGGGUCGUGGACGAGGUGUUUGCAGGCCGAGCCAGGGCCGGCGUGGGCAUCAUCCGUCCCCCGGCCACCACGCCGAGCUGGACCGCCCCCAUGGCUUCUGCUUCUACAACAACGUGGUCGUCGCCGCCAACAGGCUGGGAUGCCAAGGUGGGCGCUGCUUGGGUGCUGGUGGUGGUCUGGGAUGUGCACCACGGCAGCGGCAUCCAGCACGUGUUUGUGGCCGAGCCGAGGGUGCUGUACGUGUCCCUCCACUGCCACCACCACGGCCUCUUCUUCCCAUCCUCUGAGGACCCAAACUACGACGAGUGGGGACGGGACCUGGCCAAGGCUACAACAUUAACAUUACCUGGAACAAGGUGA